AUGAAUUCAGGGGACACGCUUUACGUCGGGACCGCUGCAGGCUCCUUGCUGACUUACAGUGUCAUUCAUAAGUCCGAGGGAUAUGAGGCUUCGCCACAGGAGUCCAGACCAAACUUCAGUCGGAGGUCUAUCGAUGCACUUGGCUACCUUCGAGAUGUGAAUUCGCUUGUAACUCUCAGUGACAGAACUGUUACACUGUAUCCCCUCCCGAAACUCGGCCCCGCCACACCGUUGACACAAGCGAAAGGUGCAUUCAGCUUCGCAAUCCACACCUCGGUCCAACAUUUGGAUGGGACCGGCGAAUCUAGGGUGCCUGAAAUGGCUGAGGCUGGGGGGGUGCCCACUGUUGUAACCGUGUUGGCCGUAGGUUGCCAAAAGAAAUUAGUGGUUUACACAUGGAAGGAUGGGGAGAUCUCAGAACCGAAGGCAAGCGAGUUGCAUCUCCCCCAUUCUCCCAGAACCAUGGCUUUCUGCAAUCCCCAGACACUGAUUAUUGCGUACGAGACGGGGUAUGCAUUUGUGUACUUAUCUACAAUGUCCGUAGCCGAAUUAGUGAUUCCUACCACCUCGACGACGGCUAUGGGCACUGGGAUGGGUAAAGUUGGUAUGGGUGCCCUGAGUGGACUCACAGGAUACAUGACUCUCGGUCUUGGUCGAAGUAUGAAGCCUUCCGUCGUGCAACUAUAUGAAGGCGAAGUCCUUGUUAACAAAGAAGGCGUCGGCACUUUCAUCGGGCCAGACGGUAAAGUGAGCCGCAAUCAGGUGCUGGAUUGGUUAGCCACCCCCGUAGACACAGCUUCCAUUAAGCCGUACAUUCUUUCAAUUUUGCCUCCCCUCUCCUCGUCACUCCUCGCAGCCCAAGGAAAUCAGCAGCAGGCGUUCCCUCGUAUCCAAGUUCGUUCAUCAUUGUCUCUUGUGAUCGUUCAAACGCUCUCGUAUCCCUUUUCCCCGGACCCCCUUGAGACGAGCAAUCACUCUCAAGGGGUAUCUAUGCGCUUAUUGGUGACAUCACCUUCAUUGCGAUCCCCUGCUUUCUUCAUUUCUACUCCGAUUGAGAAGGCCGCAGCAGUUGCGGAAGGAAGCACGAUCUGGACACUGGAAAUGCAGCCAUGGGGUCAACAAAUUGAAGAGCUCAUCGAUGUUGGACGGUACUCGGAUGCAUUGGCCCUUUUGGAAACUCUUGAUAAUGCAACGCUCAAAGACAAGGUUGAGCGCCAGUCACUCGGUUUAUAUGCCGUUUCUCUGUUUGCGGAAGGCAAUUACGACGAGGCCAUUGACAUAUUUCUUGAGCUGGACACUAAUCCUGCGAAAGUCGUGGCCAUGUAUCCUACUGUCAUCUCAGGUAGACUCGCAAAAGACCGUGAAGAGUGGAUUACUUUGUUUGGAGGGAAAGGUGUCGCCCGUGUCAGAGGGCCAUCCGUCGACGACCAACGACUCAAGCGUUCUGUGGAAGUAUUGAUGCGUUACCUCACGGACCGACGUCCCAAGUUAUCCGCUGCACUGGCGGCCCUGAGCAUCACGCCGGCCAAAUCGACCGAGUUUCCUUUUUUGUCCGAAACCUCUGUUGAGGAUCUUCUCGCAUUACCGGAUGCUCCUCUUUCUGCAUUGGUUCCAGAGCAGCUAUUGCGAUUUGCUCAGAUCACGGACACUGCAUUGUUCAAAUGCUACCUUCUGUCUCGGCCCCCGAGCCUCAUUGGGUCAUUGUGUCGAGUGCCAAACUGGUACGAAGUAACCGAGGUUGAAGAAGUGCUGAGAGAGCGAAAGCAAUUCAGUGAACUCAUUGAUUUGUAUCAAGGGAAGAAGAUGCACGAGAAAGGCCUAAAUCUUCUGCAUGACUUAAGCUUGAGGGAAGCGGACCCGGAACUGAGAUUGCAACCCGCAAUUCGAUAUUUGCAAAAGCUCGAUCCCCAGUACCUUCCGCUGAUCUUCUCGCACGCCAGAUGGGUACUCGAAGCAGACCAAGAACAAGGACUUCAGAUAUUCACAGCAGAAGAGGUGCAACUGCCUCGCAAAGAGGUUGCAGAUUUCCUCCAAGAUAUUGAUCUUGAACUUGGCGCUAGAUUCGUUGAAUUCCUGAUUAAUGAAGUCAAGGAGCCUGAUCCCGCAUUCCAUGAUCGUCUCGCAGAUAUGUACCUGAAAGGAUCCGUAGACCCGAUGGUCUCCGAAGUCUUGCGGAAGGCUUCAUACACACGACUUCUAGAUUUCAUUAAAAUCUCAGAUAGAAUCCGUCCCGAGAGACUAUACAGCCAAUUGCCUGGCAAUGAUCUAUAUGAAGCUCGGGCUAUUCUUCUCGGACGCAUGAACCGGCACGAAGCAGCUUUGGAAAUCUAUGUCCAUCGAUUGGAGGAUUUCCCCGCAGCAGAAGAGUAUUGCAAACACGUAUACCAAAAGGCUCCCGAUCCUAAAGGGGUUUUCCUGACUUUGCUCCGCAUCUAUCUUCGAGAACCCUCUAACAUAGCUUAUUCCAAGCCGCAUUCGCCGCAGGGAGAACGGGUCUUCCUCCUCGGCCCCGCCAUAGACCUCAUUUCUCGAUAUGGGGUGCGACUGGACCCCGUCGAAGUUCUCGAACUUUUGCCUCCUCUUGUCAGCACAAAGGACGUCCGAGCGUUCCUGUUGGAGGCUCUCACUGCUCCAACGAUACAUAAUCGAGUGACAAGGGAAUUGUGGAAAGCGCGACGAGGCGAGGUCGAUGCGAACCUGAUUAGUCUCCGGGAACGACGAGUGAAGGUUGCCGAUACGCGGAUAUGUCCUCAGUGUCACAAGAGAUUAGGAAAUAGCGUCAUUGCUGUUCAUGCACCUCGUGGGGAAGUCACUCAUUAUCAGUGUCGAGAAGCAUUCGCUAUCCGCAAAGCACAGACUUUUGGGCGACGCUGA